AGGCGGCCCGAAAGCGGGGGAUCGGGCGCUUCAUCUACUGCAGCACGGACGAGGUGUAUGGGGAGGGCAGCCUGGAGGACCGGGUCGAGUUUUUCGAGGGCAGCCUGAUAGCGCCGAGCAACCCCUAUGCCGCCACGAAGGCGGGGGCGGACCUCCUGGCGCAGGCGUUCUGCAGGUCCUUCGGGAUGCCGGUCAUCGUCACGCGAGGCAACAACGUCUAUGGCCCCCACCAGUUCUACGAGAAGGUGAUCCCCAAGUUCAUCGCGCAGCUUAAGUCUGGCAGGCAGGUCACGAUCCACGGCAGCGGCGGCAACACCCGCAACUUCAUGCACGUGCAAGACACCGCCAGCGCCUUCGACUGCAUCCUGCACUCGGGAUCCGUCGGGCAGGUGUACAAUAUCAGCGGCAGGAACGAGAAAACGAUCGUCGAGGUCGCCGCGGACAUCCUCCUCACCCUGGGUUCGGAGGGACGGUGCCGCGAGCUUGUGGCGCACGUCGCGGACCGCGCGCACAACGACGCUUGCUACCCGAUCGCGGGCGCGAAGCUGGCGGAAUUGGGGUGGCACGAGGAGCACAGCUGGGAGUUCGGGCUCGCGAACACGGUCGCGUGGUUCUCCGACAGGCUGGGCUCGCGGGCGUGCGACGUCGGCCGCUUCCUCAGCGCCCACCCGAGCCACCGCGCCAGCGACGCGCCGCUGGAGCCGCGCGGCCGCGGCGCGGGGGCGGACGCGGCCGAGGCCGCCGCGGCCGAGGCGCGGGACCGGGCGGCGCACCUGGACAGGAUGCACGCGCUGUGGGAGCGGGCGCGGCACGCCGGCCGCCUGGCGGAGCUCGCCGCCGCGGCGGCGCAGCUCGAGGGCCGCCUCUGGCCGGAAGCCGACGCCCCGCGGAGGGCGGGCCUCUGGCGGCGACGGCCGCAGGC